UAAAAUAAAAGUACAGGGCAUAGAGUCAUAGUUUCGACAAGGGCGUCCAGACUGCUCUAUGGUUAUCGGCCGGUAUAAUUAAUGAUUGACUAGUUUCUUUCCACGAACUUUGUUUCUCAGCGUGAACUGAAAUGGGACAGAAGUGGACGUACUCUCUACUGGCACUGCUGCUGUGCACAGGAUUUCAGAGUGACGGUGCGAAGAUCCUAGGUAUCUUUCCCACUCCUUCCUUAAGCCACCAACUUGUGUUUCAAGCAAUCAUGAAGGCGCUGGUUGCUCGUGGCCACGAAGUGACAGUUCUCAGCACUGAUCCACUCAAGGAGCGUCUCCAGAACUACACGGACGUCGAUCUGUCAUUCAUGUACGAUUACGUGCGACAACGAUACAAUUUCACGGAUUAUCAAGACGUCACUGCUUUCGGUGCAACUUUGAGGUUCACGCUUCACACCGGCAUCGCUUGUAACAUGCAUCUGGGCUCGCCCCAGAUACAGGACUUCCUGAGGGUUCACCAAGGUUCCAACAGAAGUUUCGAUCUUGUUUUCAUGGAAAUGAGUAGAUACCAAUGUUACUACGGUCUGGUACAUCACGUGGGGUCUCCUCCCGUCAUUGGCAUUCGGUCUGUUGGCGUCACUGCUGUUACACUGGCUGCCGUGGGGAAUCCCAAUAACCCUGCUUAUGUCCCGGACUACUACCUACCUUUCAGCAGCAGUAUGGGCUUAUUGGAACGAAUCCACAACACCGCAUAUUACGUUUGGAACAGGUUCCUGUUCCACACAGUGCAGAUGCCGGCCAGCGAAUUGGUCAUGCGCUAUUACUUCGGUCGUGGUCCACCUUCUGUCUGGGAGGCUGAGAACAACGUAAGUCUCGUGAUGGUCAACAAUCACUGGAGUCAAAGCUACGUUCUACCUCUGCUGCCCUCUGUCGUACAGCUCGGAAGCAUCCAUAUGCAGGAGAAACCCAGACCGCUUCCUGAGGACCUGAAGAAGUUUCUGGACGGCGGUACCAAGGGCGUAAUUUACUUUAGCCUCGGCAGCAACGUGAGAAGUGAGACCAUGACAGAGGAAAAGAAGCAGGCUUUCAUGUCCACCUUUGCAGAGCUUCCACAGCGCGUCCUCUGGAAGUGGGAAACGAACGCCAUGUCGGAGGUGCCCAAGAACGUGAAACUGGUGAAAUGGCUCCCGCAACAGGAAGUUUUGGCACAUCCGAAUGUCAAGCUGUUCAUAACGCAGGGUGGUCUGCAGAGCUUUCAAGAAGCCACGCAUCACGCGGUGCCUGUGAUUGGGAUUCCCUUUAUAUGUGAUCAGCAGCACAACGUGCGCAAAAUGGUGGACGCUGGAAUUGGGGUCAAACUGGACUAUUCUACCAUAACUAAAGACAAACUUGUAAAAGCCAUUACGAAAGUUCUUCAUGAUCCCACUUUCAGAGAAAAUAUGCAGAAAUUUUCUGCAGUAUCAAAGGACGUACCUGACAAGGCAUUAGAUAGAGCAAUCUGGUGGACAGAAUAUGUACUUCGACACAAUGGAGCCCGUCAUCUUCGCUCAGCGUUGUUGGACUUGACAUGGUAUCAGUAUCUGUUGCUGGAUGUCGUAGCAGCUUGUUUACUAAUCAUCAUAGCAGGGCCUUAUCUUAUCUACAUAAUCAUAAGAAGAAUACUGUGUCACCUACUGAAUCAUUGUUCGAAUAACUAUCAAGACAUCAAUGCAAACAAUAUUGUGAAUAAAAAAAAAUCAUAAUUGAAAAACGCUGUUUAAAUUCAUGUUCUCAAAACAGAAUGGAAUGAAUUUCGUGGCCGAAGUUGCAAAGUCCCUGAGAGACCUAUUAUUGUCACAACAUUAUAAUUUAUUUAACAGGAUCAACCAGUGUUUUUUGAAAUUAUUAUAGUCUGAAAUAAUUAGUAGGUUAUGUAGUUCCUUCUGUAAUGCUGCAAUACUCCUAUAUAUUUCGUUCGUAUUUUCCGUUUUAAGAAACAAUUCACAUAUUUUAGUAUGUACUAAGAUGUUUAUGGUCAUCAUUUAUGCCCAUUGCUUUCUCUUAUAAAAAUGUGCUCACCGGUAAUCUAUGAAAAAACACAACUGAAGAUACGAACACAGUGUCGUGCUUAAUUAGUUCAGCACAGGGACAAAUUUACGCGGCAAUGUUCUUACUUGUUACAAGUGCGAGAACCUCCUAUCUCAACAGAAAGCUUUUGUUCCACGUUACAAUAGGCCGUAAAGUCGGCCACGUGAGGUGCGUUAUCUCUGUUCUCAUUCAGAUAUCAAUUGGCUGGCCCAUAAAUAAGCAUAAUGUUAUGCUGUCACAUCGCGUUUGGCAGAACGUCAAGUAGGUUAUACGUCAACACCAAAGAUACGCCGCAUGUGCCAAAGCUUAUGAGUAGGCGUACCAUGUCCAGAUAUGUAUGCUUAUGGCGCUGUUAUUGCCUAUAUAGCAUCAGAUGAACUAAAUGUACGAUGAACUGGAAAGGAUUUGGAAAGAAACGACCGUUGCCUGAUCUAUGUCGGCUCUCGGCGUUUGAGGAGCACGCGGUAGAGCCGUUGGUAGUGGCACUAUACUACAAGCCGGGAGGUCGCGGGUUCGAGUCCAGAAGUCACUGGAUGUUUCAAUUGACCUAAUCC